AAUAAAGGAUUUGAUGAUAAUGAUGUGCAUGAUGAUGAUGAUGAUGAUGAUGAUGAUGAUGAUGAUGGUGAUGGUGGUGGUGGUGAUGAUGAUGGUGAUGAUGAUGAUGAUGAUGAUGAUGAUGAUGAUGAUGAUGGUGAUAAUUAUGAUGAUGGUGGUGGUGAUGAUAUGAUGAUGAUGAUGAUGAUGAUGGUGGUGGUGGUGGUGGUGGUGGUGAUGAUGAUGAUGAUGAUGAUGGUGACGGUGACGAUGACGAUGACGAUGACGAUGACGAUGACGAUGACGAUGAUAAUGAUGAUGAUGAUGGUGAUGAUGAUGAUGACGAUGACGUUGUUGAUUUGCUUCCUGCUUGUGUAAAAUGGCCGGAGGCUUGCCAAGUUUUAAUUUGAAAAGGUAGAAAAACAGUUGUGAAGAAGGAAAACUAGCUUGUCAAGGAAAUUCCUAUUUGUGUAGCUGGCCCCUUGUUCAGAGUACCAUUCAAACCUGAAUAUCUAUUCUCCGCGAAGAGAGUCACAGAAAAAAAGAUUGACAACCGGCAUUCCGGCGGGGCGAUGAACGAGGGAUAAUAACAACUCAAAGCUAUAAGUAAUAGCGAUGCUCUUUAUUUGAUCAAAUUUGUAAAAACUUAACGGAAGGUAAGGUAAACCAAUUAAUUAUUUCAUCGUUCUUACUAGUCUGCUACACAGCCGUUUUUAGAGUCGCGUUGCGUGAUGACACUGAAAACGGCCGUGUAACAGACUACGUUCUUACCUGCUUUAAUGUUUUCAGUUCGGAUGGUGACGUAAUCAUCUCUGUCUGGACGGGACUGUUCGUGGUAAAAGCCAAGAGCGUGAGCUGGAAAUUGAUAAUUGAAUACAACGAUUGAGCACACGUAAUUAAGCAAGCUGAAUAUUGGUGGUGAGCCGAAUUACAAUCGAUAAAUAAAAAACGUCAGUCAUUCUUCCCUUUCAGUUAGAUGAGAUGCAAAGAUUAAAUGCAAAAUGUCAGGAUUAUGUAGUGGAGUUUGGCGGAAUUCUUUUAAGUGACGACUGGAUCGAAAUUUUGUGGAACAGUAUUCCCAUUUCAUUUACUUAAUGCAUGGCCGGGCGGAAGGGAGGACAUGAUCAACUGAAGCUAAAUUUGCUUUAACGGUUCCCUUAACGUGUUAGAUCCCACGUUAAUUAAAAAACUAAACUAAUUCUUUUAUUAAAAUAGGUCUAAAGUCGCAUACCCAUCUCAUGAGCGACAGUACCCAUUUGCCAACACCCUCUUGCCAAAUUGAUUAUCUGCUUUCCGCUAAUUCUGCCAACGUAGGAUGAACAUCUAAAAAACGGGGGGGAAAGCACAAAAAGCUAAUUCCAGAAUCCCUGUCCAAGGCUCUCAAAAGCUACUGAGCUAUUUGAAAAAUGACUCAACUGAUAUAGCAAGUAGAUCAAGGUUGUGUCGAAGGCCUAGCCACAGUUGUUAUCAAAGAAGGAGAGUGCAGUUUUGUUGAGUAAUUCUAUAUUUCAUUCAGACACUUACCCUUUCCCCUUGAAGAACUCUACAUAAUCUUUCUCUGUUGUCCUCUUCUUAAACGUGAUGCAUGUCUUGCUACUCCAUUCAUUCAUGGCCGCAGUGAUAGCACUUACUGCUAUGGUCUCCGACGCUGCAUACGUACGAUAAGCGCUUUUAAGACUGAUAUCACAUGCACGUUAUGUUGUAAUUUUUUCUUUUCAGUGAAUGCAAUCCGACCUAUAAAUCUAUGAUUUCACAUACGUUAUAUAUUGGUCUUACCGGGGGUAUAUUCUCACGCACCAAAGAAAAAGGCUCAAGCAAAAUGCUGAAGCUACUCUAGGUAGUGUUGUACACGUAUAUACUGGCAUUAUUGUGCUGUGUUUAACAUUGUAUUGUUUGUAUUGUGUGAAAGAGUAGUAACAGUGACGCGUUUUUAACAGGAGAAUACCAGUGCUCAGUAAUCAAAUAUAUUAGGCCAUUUCCGAGUUCCAAAAUAUCUCACUUUCAAAACGAGGCUAAGUGCGAAACCUCUGUUGUGAAAAUGAGUUUUAUUUGCAUCACAAUUAAAAAUCAUUUUCAUAUCAAUAAAUGGCUUCGCACUUAGCCUCGCUUUGAAAGUGAGAUUUUUUGGAACUCGGAAAUGGCCUAUUUGUAAUACUUAGAUAAUAAGUCCCCGAGGGGGGGGGGGGGGUUUAGUCUUUUAUUCCCAUUUCAAACCUAUACGACAUUAUAUGGUCUUACCCCAGGUUUCUUUACUACAAUUGUUGGCUGUCCGUUUUUGCUGAAGUAACUUGUACCGUAAUGCAUUAUACUACCAUAAUCAUAUGGAGUGCCGAGGGAAUCGACCGAGUAAGAACUCUGCUUCUUAAAGUUGACCUCAAAGCCUAUAUAUUUUGAAAGAAGAAAGGAACAAAAUAUCUAUUUAUUAAUUGCUUUGCUUAAAGGAAUAUGAACAUGACAUAUUGAGCAUAAGUUAAAUUCUCCCCGUGGAAAAGUUCACUGAAUGAAAACAGUUACUAAUCAUGAUGUAAAAUAGGGCUGAAAAUGAUUGUAUGUUUCACGGCCAAAAGUUGCCUAUGUGAGAGAAACCGAUAUAACGGAUCGAAGCGCCAAGAAGAAAUGACGGAAAUUCGUUCUUAUACUCUUGUUUAAUAAUUUCUUAUGCAAUAUUUUUCCUUGGAGAAUUUUUUUACCCCUGAGUAAUGUUAUAACUUUUAACCUGUUUUUACACGACCCCAGAUUGUCUUUGAACUGUUAUCGUAUUAAAAUAAAGGAUUUGAUGAUAAUGAUGUGCAUGAUGAUGAUGAUGAUGAUGAUGAUGAUGAUGAUGAUGGUGAUGGUGGUGGUGGUGAUGAUGAUGGUGAUGAUGAUGAUGAUGAUGAUGAUGAUGAUGAUGAUGAUGGUGAUAAUUAUGAUGAUGGUGGUGGUGAUGAUAUGA